CAAGAAUAAAGACAGAGAAAGAAGAACCGAACAAAGGAAUGAGAAAUGGCGUAUCGGAGAAGACAAGGGGUCACAAGAGCUUCCACAUUCAACGACGAUAUCUAUCAUCAAACACCUGAUCACGAUUACGGCGAUCUCAAAGGUCACUCGAAUGGCAAAUCCUCCUUCAGAUCAUCUCAAUCUUUCUCUUCUCAUUCCUCUCUUGCCGCUCAAGCAAUCCGCGCUUCCUCUUCUCUUAACCCUAAUUCCAAUUCUCAGGUACGAGGAUUCACGGCUUACGAAGAUGCGGCCAAGAGUGAAAGCCGCGGUUUCUGGGGAAUCCUAGCUCAGAAAGCCAAAUCAAUCCUCGAGGACGAAGAAGAAGAGCAGCAAAACGUCGUCGUUUCGGAGCCCUCGAGUAAUAAUAGCAAUCCAACCAUACGCAAAAGCAUAGACAAGAUCACAACGUCGCUGAAUCAGAUCGGAGACAGCUUCGAGAAAGCGUUCGAGGAAGGCCGUACGAUGGUAGCUUCUCAGAUCAGGCGAAAAGGAUCAGACCUAAUGGAUAUACCAGAGAAUCACAAUCAAUCCUCAGGUUCAAGCAGUCCAUGGCAGCCAUUAACGCAACCUAACCCACAUGAGUCUCAGCUCAAAGCCUCACGUGACGUAGCCAUGGCUACAGCAGCCAAAGCCAAGCUCCUCCUACGCGAACUCAAAACGGUUAAAGCCGACCAAGCUUUCGCUAAACAACGGUGCUCGCAAUUGGAAGAGGAAAACAAACGGUUAAGAGAUAACCGGGAGAAGGGAACCAACAAUCCUGCCGAUGAUGACCUAAUCAGGCUUCAGCUUGAGACGUUGCUUGCGGAGAAAGCAAGAUUAGCACAUGAGAACUCUAUCUACGCGAGAGAGAACAGGUUCUUGAGAGAGAUCGUUGAGUAUCAUCAGUUGACGAUGCAAGAUGUUGUUUAUAUCGAUGAAGGUAUUGAAGAAGUGGCUGAGGUGAAUCCUUCGAUUACGAGGACGCUCUCAAUGGCUUCGUUCGCUGCUUCUGAAUUCCCUGUGAACUCUUCUUCUCCUUUGUCUCCAUCUUCGCCUUCUCGGCUUUCGGUUUCUACGGAUGUUUAUCCUGUUUUGGUUCAGCAGAGUUCGGCUAGUGAUGUUGGUGGUAGUGCUGAUGAGAGUCCUAGACCGGUUCGACCACCUUCUUUGGGAUACACGGAUGAUGGUAAAAUAUCAUUGUCACAGAUGUCUGUUUAGAAAUCGAAGAGUUGAUUACUUAUUACCAUUUUGAUUUUUUAUCUGCUUCGAAAGUUUUCUUCUUGUUAACUUGAUUUCAUUUUUGGUUGUCGAUUGUAAUAUUGAUGAACAGU